AUGCGAUUAUAAUUGCUUAUCAUGUACUACUAAGGACUUUUGCAUGUCGAGAUUAUUUUGAAUAGAUAAAUGGUAAAUGUAUACCUGUUUGUGGUUCCAGGUUUAGAGGAAUGUGAGGAUAAAAAUUAGACACCAUUUGAUGGAUGUUAUUAAUGUUAGUUUUAAUGUGAUGAAAAUUGUGAUUAAUGUAUUGAGGGAAAUUGUAUUGAAUGUUAGAAAGGGUAUGCAAAAAUGGUAAUAAAAAAUGUUUAGCUAAUAAGGAUAAGAAGAAGAUGAAGAAAAAUUAUAAUCAGAAUAAUAAUUUAAAUGUGGAGAUACAAUAAGGCAAUAAAAUGAAGAGUGUGAUAAUCGAAAUGACGAUAAUUAUGAUGGAUGUUCAUAAAUGUGCUCAAUUGAAGAUAAUUAAGAUAAUUGGUAAUGUAAUGAAUAAAUACCAAAUAAAUGCUAUUGUAUUACUUAAAUAUUACUUACAUACCUCAACAAAACAUUUCAUAAAUAAUAUGUAUAUUUAAAAGGUUAAAUGGAUAGGAGCUUUCACAAAUUUCACUCAAGCAAUCUCAACUAAAAUAAAAGGGGUAGAAAAUAAAAUAUUUAUUACUUCUGUAAUUGAGAUUGAUAAAGAAAUACCUAAUGAUCCAGUUUAUUAAUUUGAAAUCUAAUUUUUAAGUUCUAAAUCUACACCACUAAUUUUAGUUGCCACUAUUUAGGACGGUGUAUAAGAUGAGCAUAAUUCUAAUUUAUCUUUCGCCUCAUAAGAAUUAAAACUAAAAACAACCACAAUAUUAUCUAAUUCACAAAUAGAGGAUGCAAACAAAUUUUAAACUAUAGGAAAUUAUAUAAUCAUUGGGUUAGGAUUUAAAAGUGCUUUGAUGUUACUAUUAGGGGAAAUCUAAUCAAGCCUAGAGAUUUUUGACACACUCUAAUUUUAAUCUUAUUUACGAUUUAUAUAGUAAAAAAAUCAUUGA